GUACCGCAGUAGCAGCGCGCUCAGCGGCUUUUGCGAGCCGGGGGAGGGGAGCGGCGGUGGCGAGGGCUGCGGAGCCUCGCGCGGGCGGCUAGGGGCCUCUGAGCACGGCGGGUGGCGACGCCCCGAGCGGUUGGCUCAGCAUGUCGGUCAGCGUCCAUGAGACCCGCAAGUCGCGGAGCAGCAUGGGCUCCAUGAAUAUCACGCUGUUCCACAAGGCCUCGCACCCCGACUGCGUGCUGGCGCACCUCAACACGCUGCGCAAGCACCGCAUGUUCACGGACGUCACGCUCUGGGCCGGCGACCGCGCCUUCCCCUGCCACCGCGCCGUGCUCGCCGCCUCCAGCCGCUACUUCGAGGCCAUGUUCAGCCACGGCCUGCGGGAGAGCCGCGACGACACGGUCAACUUCCAGGAGAACCUGCACCCCGAGGUGCUGGAGCUGCUGCUGGACUUCGCCUACUCGUCCCGCAUCGUCAUCAACGAGGAGAACGCCGAGUCGCUGCUCGAGGCGGGCGACAUGCUGCAGUUCCACGACGUGCGCGACGCGGCCGCCGAGUUCCUGGAGAAGAACCUGUUCCCGUCCAACUGCCUGGGCAUGAUGCUGCUGUCGGACGCCCACCAGUGCCGGCGGCUCUACGAGUUCUCGUGGCGCAUGUGCCUGGUGCACUUCGAGGCCGUGCGGCAGAGCGAGGACUUCAACAGCCUGUCCAAGGAUACCCUGCUGGACCUCAUCUCGAGUGAUGAGCUGGAGGCCGAGGACGAGCGCGUGGUCUUCGAGGCCGUCCUGCAGUGGGUCAGGCACGACCUGGAGCGGCGCAAGGCCCACCUGCCUGAGCUGCUGCGCAGCGUGCGGCUGGCCCUGCUGCCGUCCGACUGCCUGAAGGAGGCCGUGUCGGGCGAGGCCCUGCUCAUGGCCGACGAGCGCACGCGGCUCAUCGUGGACGAGGCGCUGCGCUGCAAGGCCCGCAUCCUAGAGAACGACGGCGUGGUCACCAGCCCCUGCGCCCGGCCGCGCAGGGCCGGGCACACGCUGCUCAUCCUCGGGGGCCAGACCUUCAUGUGUGACAAGAUCUACCAGGUGGACCACAAGGCCAAGGAGAUCAUCCCCAAGGCGGACCUGCCCAGCCCCCGCAAGGAGUUCAGUGCCUCGGCCAUCGGCUGCAAAGUCUACGUGACCGGGGGCCGGGGCUCCGAGAACGGCGUCUCCAAGGACGUGUGGGUGUACAACACCGUCCACGAGGAGUGGUCCAAGGCGGCGCCUAUGCUCAUCGCCCGUUUCGGCCACGGCUCGGCCGAGCUGGAGAACUGCCUCUACGUGGUCGGGGGGCACACGUCCCUGGCUGGCGUCUUCCCGGCCUCGCCGUCUGUCUCCCUGAAGCAGGUGGAGAAGUACGACCCCGAGGCUAACAAGUGGACGAUGGUGGCCCCGCUGAGGGAUGGCGUCAGCAAUGCCGCGGUCGUGAGCGCCAAGCUGAAGCUCUUUGUCUUCGGGGGGACCAGCAUCCACCGGGACAUGGUGUCCAAAGUCCAGUGCUACGACCCCGCAGAGAACCGGUGGACGAUCAAGGCCGAGUGUCCCCAGCCUUGGCGGUACACCGCUGCCGCUGUCCUGGGCAGCCAGAUCUUCAUCAUGGGAGGCGACACGGAGUUCACAGCCGCCUCGGCCUACCGCUUUGACUGCGAGACCAACCAGUGGACGCGGAUCGGGGACAUGACUGCCAAGCGCAUGUCCUGCCACGCCCUGGCCUCGGGCAACAAGCUCUACGUGGUGGGGGGCUACUUCGGGACCCAGCGGUGUAAGACCCUGGACUGCUAUGACCCCACCUCAGACACGUGGAACUGCAUCACCACCGUGCCGUACUCGCUCAUCCCCACGGCCUUCGUCAGCACCUGGAAGCACCUGCCCGCAUGAGGCGCACCUGUAGAGCCCAACCAGACGCUGUGUGUUUCUCCCCACCCCACGGCUGCAGCCCUCACUGUUGCACGGUGGCCCUGACCCUGUCUGCCAUGGCGGGAAGCUCAGCCCGGCCCCAGGCCAGUACUCCGAGCAGCCGGAAACCGGCCCCACCAGCUCUGGGUGGCUUCGGGGGCUGCUCUGAGCUUCAGAGAAGAAAAUCCGUCUCCAGCGCCCUGUGUGUCUGGCCGAGGCCUUUCCUGCUUUGCACUGGUUUGCGGGGGAGAGGACCUUUCAAGGGGGGCGUGGACGGACGCCAGGACUCCCUCAGCCUCGGGGAGAAGGACACGUUUGCAGAGCUUUGAGGUCGCCUAUUUCAGCAAGUUCUGGA